AUGGAUUGGCAAGAGAUACGGGACAGAAAGCUAGCUGCACGGGAUGCCCUUUUGAAGGAUUAUUUUGUCGAGGAACUUCCGUUGCCCGACGAACUGAACGACGUGACAAAAUUUGUAGAUACGUUGUUCACCGAUCAAGAGAACGAGAUUUUCCAGCUCACUAUUCCGCAACUUCAGCAAAAGUAUCUCGAGAAAACUUUAAGCGUUUCCACGGUGGUCAAAAAGUACUGUCGUCGGGCCACUGUUGGCCACCAGUUAGUGAACUUUAUCACCGAAGUGAGAUUCGAGCAGGCAUUACAGGAAGCUGUGAGUCAGGACGAGUACUUGGAAACGCACAAAAAGCUCAUUGGACCGCUCCAUGGCGUGGUAGUUUCUUUGAAGGAUAACAUCAAUAUUGAAGGGUUUGCGUCGUCGAUGGGGUUCGUCGGGUUGGCAGAUAAGAUAGCCACUUCCGACGCUGCUAUCGUGAAGUUAUUCAAGAGACUAGGAGCCGUUAUUAUUUGCAAGACCAACACUUCGGCAGGGAUGAUGUAUUCCGAGACCACCAACGUUCUGUGGGGACGUACUUUAAAUCCGUUCAGUCGGAAGUAUCUUAACGGGGGCGGCUCUUCCGGCGGAGAAGGCGCAAUUGGUGCACUGAGAGGCUCAUGUUUUGGAAUUGGAUCAGAUAUAGGGGGUUCGGUGAGACACCCGGCUGCCUUGAAUGGGAUCUUCUCCAUCAAGCCCUCGUUUGGACGGGUUCCUACUUUUGGCACGGAGUCGGGUCAGCCAGGACAGGAAUCCAUCAAGUCGAUAUAUGGUGUGCUGUCGUACUAUCUGGAAAACGUUCAAUAUGUCUUACAAACAAUCAUAGACUCCAAGCCUUAUAGAGACAUUGACCCGGGCUGUCUCCCAUUGGAGUAUCGUCCCUACCGGCUGGAGAAGCAACUGAAAAUCGCGUUCCUAGACUCAGACGGUACCUCUACGGCAACUGCUCCCUUGAAGAACGCGUUGGAUACAGUCAGAGGGCUGGUUGAAGGCGAGGGUCAUUCCACGGUUGACUGGACAGACAAGUAUCUACUAGAACUGACUCAAACUAUCUAUCCAUUUUUUGGAGCAAACGGCUACCGCACGAUUUUGGACCUGGUGGCCAAGUCCAAGGAGCCAGUUGAUCAUCUACUUUCGAAAUGGUUCCCAACAGCCGAGGACCUGCCCGUCUCUAAGCUGUGGGAGUUGCAAAAAAAGCGAACAGGUUUGGUCCAAAAGUACAUGGAGCUUUGGAACGAGCACGGUAUCGAUGCUAUCAUAAUGCCGGCUUCGCCGUUCCCUGCCUGCUUGAAAGACAAAGUUGUCACUUUACCAUGCACUGCCGUCUGGAAUGGCUUGGAUUACACGGUAGCCACACUGAGAGUGGGGACCUGCGAUGUUUCACGAGAUGUUCCUGUCAAGAAAAGCAGCUACAUUUCAGAGGUUGAUCGGCAUGUGCACGAAACUUACCAGAAAGAACUUGUCAAAUUCGAUGGUGCUGCAAUCUCGUUGCAGGUGGUUUGUCGCCGUCUUGAAGAAGAGAAGGCUCUAGAGAUUACCCAAUUUCUAGCUUCUUUGGUUUCUUACUAA